ACUAUAACAGACAACAGCCCUAUGAAAAGAUCAGUCUCGUCACUUGGUCAUGGGCGUUUGGGACGGGGGCCACGGGCUGAUGAUUAUGCCAUGGAGAGAGUGAUGCCAGAGGAAGGACCAAGGCAUGGACACGGCGCAGAGAUCGCAGUCAUCGAGCUUCUGAGAGAUCACUCAGCCGCUACACUGAUGCUGACACAGGCUUCACCACCACACAGUCGGGCGACAUGCCACCCAAAGAUAAAGAGCGUGAACGUGGCCGUGCUAAAGAGCGGUGUCACCACCACCACCACCACCACCAUCACCAUCACAGCUCAGUGGAGAAGGAGCGCUACACACCUGAGAGAGAGAGGAGACUACGGGCAACGGCAGCGUCGCUGGUCCCGGUCACCCAGUGAGGGCCGAGAGUGCCUCACUCACCGACAGGGCAGUAGUUCGGUGAGCGGCAGUCCCGUGCCCUCAACAUCUGGGACGAGCACACGGCAACUGCCCCAGACACCUGCCACCCCGCGCCCACACAUUACCUACUCACCUGUGAUUCGUAAACCAGUUGGUACACCACCUUCAGGUCCACAGAGCCGCUUACCCACUCCAACCCAGAGGCGCUUUUCUCCACCUGUGCCUGAACCAUCUGUACCCCCUCAUCAUGGCUCUGGCCGCCGUGCCCGCUGGUGCCCAGGUUCGUCUGAAAGUGCGCCAGGUGACAACCUUUAUGAUUAUGAACGGUGCGAGCCACCUGCUUAUGAGCCAAACCCAGGACAGGGAAACCCACACCCACAUAACCCAGCACCACAUCCUCGAUCACCUAGGACUGCUCACCCCGCUGGUGCUCGUCGCAUGCCUAACGGGUACCGUUCCUCCUCACCCUCACCACAAAGACCUCCUCACAGUGCACCUCACAAGCCUCCACAUCCCAGAGGGCCCAGGAAAGGACUGCAUGAGAUGGAAAGAGAGGGAGGCAGGAGAAAGGCAGAGAGGGAGGCAGGAGAAAGGCAGAGAGGAGGCAGGACAGAGAGAGGCAGGAGAGAGGAGGAGAUGGAGGCUGGAGAGAGCAUGAGGGAGGCAGGAGAGAGGAAGAGAUGGAGGCUGGAGAGAGCAUGA